UUUAAGGUGAAGCCUCAAGUUAAAUAUUUUGACCUUGCUCUUAAAUAAAACAAAGGAUUUGCCCUAUUAUUAAAAUGAAAAGCAUGAGGAAAUAUUAGGAAAAGUGAGUUUCCCAAGAGAAACAUGUUAGGGUUUUGUAGUUAAAAAAAAGGGAGCACUCACAAAACAAACAGCAGAAAACAAUAGGAGUUUGUUUGAAGGCAAAGAGGAAAAGGAAUGCUCUAGGGUUUUGAAAGGCAGGGAGAGAGAGAGAGGAGAUUGAUCCAGCAAUGGCCGCAGUGGAGUCGGUGCAGUGCUUUGGGCGGAAGAAGACAGCGGUGGCGGUGACACAUUGCAAGCGUGGGCGAGGAUUGAUAAAGAUCAAUGGAUGCCCGAUAGAGCUGGUAGAGCCAGAGAUCCUGCGCUACAAGGCGUUUGAGCCCAUCCUGCUGCUGGGCCGGCAGCGCUUCAGUGGUGUAGAUAUGCGCAUCCGAGUUAAGGGCGGUGGCCACACCUCGCAGAUCUACGCCAUCCGCCAGAGCGUGGCGAAGGCCCUCGUUGCCUUCUAUCAGAAGUACGUGGACGAGCAGGCUAAGAAGGAGAUUAAGGACAUCCUCGGCCGCUAUGACCGCACGCUGCUCGUCGCUGAUCCUCGCCGCUGCGAGCCUAAGAAGUUCGGUGGUCGCGGUGCUCGUGCCCGUUUCCAGAAGUCAUACCGUUAAUUUCCUCGCGGCUUUUUUGUUUUCAUCUUCCCGGUUUUGAAAAAAGAUAUGUACUUUUUUUUUGUUAAUUUUUGUAGACGUAUAGGACCUGGUGGCUUGAUAUUUCAAGUGGCCCUAAUAUUCAGUAGGAUUCUGUGCUUUGUUUUGUUAUUGAAAACUUUUUAAAUGCUCUGAAUUUUUUUAAAUAAGGUAUCUAUUUUCUUAAAAAAAGAGGAAUGUGUUGCUCUAAACUAUUCAAUCAA